AAGUGAUUUUUUUUUCAAUCCAAUAUCCUUUUCUUGUGAUUGUUUUUAGUUUUGUGUAAAGAUUUUCUCCUUCCUUUUUCGCAUAAAAUUUCGAAUACUCAAAGCAAAUUGAUGAUGCACUUAAGAUCCUGCAGCAGUGUUGUGCAAGAUUAGUUUUCUUCCCAAAAACAUUUUUCCGUGCGUGUACAUUUGUGACAAGCGGUUAGAGGCGUGUGUUGCGUGUGUGCAAAAGCAUCCGAAACGGUGUGCGUGAAUGUGUGUGCUCUGCCUUUUUCUUCUCUGUGCGUGCGCAUUCUAUGUAUGUGUGAGUGAUUGUAUGUGUAUGUGUGUGUGUGUGUGCGUAUUUAUUCGCGUGGGGGUGGUGGUUGACGAAUUUCUUGUUUCAUCUUUCCCACAAGAUUUGAAACAAUCCUUUUAUCCUUAUUAUUCACCACCCGACAGUGCUCACCAACAAUCAAGUGGUGCAUGUUGAGCUGUGUGCUUGAGAAAAUGGGAAAAGCACCAUUUUCCCUUAGCCUGUUUGUGUGAAAUGCGGGUAAACCACCAGUGAUUUGUGGCGGCUUGUGACACGGGUGAAGUGUAGUGUGAAACAGCACCAUAAGGCACCGAUACCUGACGGCGACGAGGCACCGUUCCAAGCGUGGAAUUGUGAAACUGCUUCCCUUUUGAAAAACACAACUUGACAAAGAAAAAAGGAAAAUAACCGAAAGGAAAACAACAAGAGAUACCUUCUACGCGAGGACUGCCGUUCGGGAAGCCAUUUACGGUUAAAUCAAAUAGAAAAAAAGCAAUUGUUAACGAGAAAUUGACGAGGACGUAUCUCGAUAACUCUCAGAUUAUCCGGACCUGAAUUUUGAGAUCCAAUCGAUAACGCACCGGCCACCAUCCAUCCAACCCUCGCUGCCUAGCAAGAGGUACCGUGACUUCAUCGUGACUGCAACUCCAAAACUGGCGGAAAUAAAGCUGAAUGGGACGCCCAACAGCCUACCAAACCAGUGAAUCCCUGCCCGGGCGCAGGUGAAGAAGUCGAACGAUAAUUGAGUUCCGGUCGAUCCGGGGCACGAUCAUAACCAGCUCGCUUCUAAGCGCUUCCGUUCUCCUUGCCCAAGAAUCGAAAAUCGUGAACACCUCGCCCUACGAAUCACCCCCCAACACGACCGUUCGAUGCUGGGAGAGUUUCAUCGGAUAUUUGAGAAGACUGCCAUCAACGAUGACACAGUGAACUCCUUGCUGCGCCUGGUUGGAAUGCAGUUGAACGGAACGGCCGGCACCGUAACAAUGGCCGCCGCAUCGGAACCACCCGAGCCGCCACCGCGCAAUCCGGACAAAAUUAAUGCAUCGCUCAAGCAGCUCGCUGAAUCGAAAACACGUUCACUGGAUAACGCCGAUAAAACAGGAGCGUCGAGCACGACCAGCAACGGUGGACGUCCGUUUCGUCCGAUCCUAUCACUGGACAAUGCCAAACCGACCAAACCAUUCGAUGUACCCGAACGUGGAACGCCCACAUCCGCACCGGCCGCUUCAUUCGGUAGUACACCCGGAACCGAUCAUCAGUCGGCAGCCGGAAGCAACCAUGCAGCCCCAGAACCCGGUGCAAGCACUAGUGGUAACAGCACAAGCAUCGCUACCGGACAACGACAAUCGAACCAACCACUGUCCUGCUCAUCGUCUUCCUCCGGUGAGGCAAUGGCAGCGACAGCAAAUGGAACAGCUGGUGAACCGGUCGGACCACAUCCUUCGUCCUCCGGUGGUAGCGCACAGGACAAAACUAAUCUCGGUCAGCAAAAGCAAAGCAGUCCAACCCUCGCCGGAGAAGGCGAUAAUCUCUUCAAGAAUGGUGUUAGCGAUCUCGAAUCACCACAAACGACCAAAAUACGACUGGAGAACGAGCGAUUGUCGGCAGAGAUUACGCGGCUGAAAAAAUUGCUGGAAAACUCACCCGAUGGUGCAGUCGGUGGAAUUGAUCUGCUUUCCCAAAGCAACAGCUUCGAUGUACACUCGGUAGAGGACAGCAGUAACCGGAUGGAGAAGCUGGAAAACGAGCUUCGAAUAUCGAAGGAGCUUAUUCAGAGUUUAAAGCUCGAACGCAAGAAGCUCCGAGCGGACAAGAAUGAUCUGCUUUCCCAGGUAAAACAGCUCUGCUCCUCGCUGCAGGAAAAGGAACAGGAGUUGCGCAACUUUAUCCGCAACUACGAGCAGCGAAUACGUGAGUCCGAAUCCAACUCUGCCAAACAAAACACGGACCGGGAGCGGGAAAGAUGGUCCCUGCUGAAACAUGCCCGCGACGAAGCCGAACGAUCAAUUGCACUGGCGGCACAGCUAAAUGCGCGCGAUCUGCAGCUGCAGCGCACACAGGAGCAGCUACAGGAAGCCCGCCGCCAACUGUCCGGCUGUAUGUCGGAUCAGGAAAGUUUAGUUUCAGCCGCACCACUAACACCACCAUCGGGACUGAUGGCGCACAAUACGGUAGCACCGGUCACAACUCCCGGCGUGGGAUAUAGCAACAUUAGCGGGACACCCGGGGAUCGUGGAUCGUGCAGUGCUGAUUCGGGUGUGAGAGACUUUGUUGCAGGGAGUAGCGAUCGGGAGAGUGCCGCCGGUGAUCUGAAUUUAAGCGAUGGUCCGUGUGAGAAUGGACCCUGCAUACAGGUGGAUUCGGAUAGUGUUUCCCUAGUGUCCAGUCAUCACAAUGUGUAUCAGUAUGGAACGCCCAAAGAACGAAGUCCUACCCUAUCACCACUGAACGCCGGAGCCUACUCGAGGUCUGUUGAUAGUGCAGCUCUAUCUAGCUCGUACAGAUCCGUCGAACAGUUGGGUUCACCGGUGGACAAUGAAAAUCAAACCUUCGCUCGAAGACUGCAGCAGCAACAAUCGGCUGGAGCUGUAUCGGCCUCCGGCAAAGCGCAAAGCACGGGACUAACUGGGCGUACCGGUCGGGGCGGUACAUGGGGUAGCAUAUCGCGCGUCUUCGCCCGUAGCCGUAAUCGCAACAAAAAUGCUCCAAUCGACACCGAAGCGACUGACUUCCAGUGGAGUCCACUAACGGAGGAAGGCUACGCGGAGAAACUCCGACUCCUGCGGGAAGCAUCCUCCAUGCCAAUGGAACGCUGGAGAGCGUCACAAGUGUUGGCCUGGCUAGAGGUAGCACUCGGUAUGCCACAGUACAGUGGUAGAUGUGCGGAGAACGUCAAGAGUGGUAAGGUACUGCUCGAACUGAGUGAUGCCGAACUGGAAACCGGACUCGGGACAAGCCAUCCAAUGCAUCGCAAAAAACUGCGGCUCGCUAUCGAGGAACAACGCCGGCCGGAGUUGGUACGCUACCCAACCAUCGGACAGCUGGGACACACCUGGGUAGCCUCGGAAUGGCUGCCGGACAUUGGACUGCCGCAGUACGCGGAAUCAUUCAUGCAUUCGCUCGUGGAUGCGCGAAUGUUGGACACCCUGUCGAAGAAGGAGUUGGAGAAAUAUCUGGGCGUUACUAGAAAGUUCCAUCAGGCAAGCAUAGUGCACGGCAUUCAUGUACUUCGCAUCAUGAAGUACGACCGGCAAGCAAUUGCAAUGCGGCGCCUACAGUCGGAAAACGUAGACACCGAUCCGAUCGUAUGGACCAACCAGCGCUUUAUCCGCUGGGCACGCUCGAUUGAUUUGGGCGAGUAUGCGGAUAAUUUGAAAGACAGUGGCGUUCACGGUGGACUGGUCGUGCUGGAACCUUCCUUCUCCGGGGACACGAUGGCGACGGCCCUCGGUAUUCCACCCUCGAAGAACAUCAUCCGUCGCCAUCUGGCAACAGAAUUUGAGGCACUCAUCCUGCCAGCAAGAACGACCAUGGGCCAAGGAAUACGAACCGGAGGUGGUACGGUAAUACCCAUCACGAGCGGGAUUGGUAUGAUGUCCGCAACGGGCUGCGAUCGUCGUAAUACCGGUAGCUUGCGCUUUGCCGCCUGGAAAGGAUCACAGGGAUCGCUCACUAAAGCGUUCCGGAUGAGCUCCAACUACAAACCGAGGGGUAGCAACGGGGGCGGAAGUGGUGCCGGUUCCGAUAAGAACAGUGUCUACAGUUCGACCUCACCGACACCGUCGUUCAGCAGUAGUGAGGGAGGUAUCUACGCUACGGUCGGUUCACUUCAGAGCCAUCCGGCAUUCUUCCAUCAUCUGCCACCGCCAACAUCCGCACCGCCCCCCAUACCCGGCGUCCCAUCCGUUGGGCUGAGAUCGAUCGAAACGAUGCCAUCCGCACCGGAACCAUUGGCACUCGAACGGGCCAAUGCGAACAAUCGGGUCAGUGCACCGCCGAUGGAUAGUGGCCAUGCAACACUGCCAAAGUAUGCGCAACAUCGACGUGUCAAGAGUAUCAGCGAUAUUGAGAUUCCUUCCGUGGGGCCCGUGGGAUAGUGUGCGAUACGAGGUGGAACUGUAUUAUUGAAUUAAUCAUUUUUGUAUCCUAAGAAACGAAGGAUGGCAUUUUUCAAAAGAAGGAUUUUCUUAUUUGCUUUAACUUCGUUUAAACAGUUUAAACAUCCUUUUUUGGCGAAGAAAUCGGUUAAACACCAACUUAUCUUCGACCUUUUUAGGAGAACAUCCACAUCAACUCCCUCACACCGGGGAGUCUGCACAGGGGGAACUCGACUCACUGAAAACUCGAUUGAAAACUGACCACACAUCCUGCAACCCUGCAAGCCACAAUCGAAUCGGGGCACUAGGGGGCGAUAUGGCUUUGAAAGGAUUCGCGGUUUUUCGAGGACGAACUGACGGUGGGGAUGACUUUGGUAACUGUUGGUACCGAAAUUCCGGUGCAGCUUACGCGGUUAACCGCAAGCCCAUCAACGUUUGUCAACGCACCCGUCUGGUUGAAGUUUGGCGAGUUCCAAAAUGGGUGCUAACUUCAUGAUCUGGUUGGUUGCUUUUUUAUUGUAACAUCCUGCAACCAUCAUCAACCCUAGGAGGUUUUUAUCUCCUGGAUGGCAUUAUGGUAAUGAAAAUUUAAUAUAUCUGUAAUAUUUAUUUUCACAACAAAAAAAAUAUCAUUCAUAUGUGACCGGCAUAAAAGUAGCUAGUAAUUCAAAUUCAAAACAUUCCUAUAAUGGUUUAGUUGUGGAAGUUUGCGAAACAUUCAUCCAAGGGGUUUACGCAAACAUCAGUAAAGGUGUACCAAUUUCGAUGAAGUAAUUUUGUACAUCAAUUACAAACAAUUCCACACAAUAACUCGUGUACACCCGGAAGCAGCUUAACCAUUAUACCCACCAUUCCGCAUUACAUUCCGAAGGUUCGAGUUCGCUACGAAUUCAUCGCUACCAUUAAUAAACUUUGCUGCACUAAUUAGACCAGCGUGCGUUAAUAUGAAUUUACUGCGCUCAAAUCGAUUGCGGUUGUUCGGAGUGCAGAUUUCACUAAUGAUAUCCGAUUGUACCGGAGGCAGCUAUUGAAAUCGAUUCGAUAUUUCGAACAAAUUUUCCUAUAAGGUAGGGAAUUUUUUUCUGCUCUUCUGUAUCUUAUCCAAUUGGUGCUAUUUAGUUUUUGCCCUUAUAUGGCCGACAGUGUGCAAUCGUAAACGUAGCGAAAGAGGAUAGGCCAGCCAGUUCUGGCAUCAGUUAGCUUUACUUUUUUAUCUGUUUUGUUAAAAUUAUUUGAUAUUUAAUUCUUCAAGUUUCCAUGUAAUAUUUUAUUUAUAUGCUACAUAAUAAUAAUUUUAUGUUAGUUUCAUUGAUUUGUUUGAAAUAUUCGUGCUUUAAUCCACAACUUUUCGUGAAGUUUUUUUUUAUCAAAAGUCUUGUUUAUCCCGCCUUUGUAGAACGCUAAUGCGUUCGUAAUCAUCAAUAUAGAAAGCAAAGUGUGACAAAAGGUUAAAUAUGUGUUCGAAUCGUUUACAUAAUGCUGUUUAACAUAUCAUCGGGCCGACAGUUUGGAUGGAUUGUAACCACCAAAUAGAAUAUUUAUUUGAAUGAUUUCAUUCUGACGCAAAUAGAUAAACGAUAAACCGAUGACUAAAAAAUAUAAAUUUUCUACGAAUCAAACGAUAGAUUAGGCAGACACCUUUUGGUCACUUUUAGUCAUCUCACCUUUAGUUCGAGGAUCGUACGAGGAGGGACUACAGUAAAACCACAAAUAGUAAGCGAGCGCGAUAAUCAAUAAUGAGGGAAAACAAAACGAAAAACAGAUAAAUACUGUAGUAAUUUGACGAUGAAAUCUAAAAGUGCUAUUUAUUCAUCACAUUUCAUCGUUUCAUCCGAUGCGAUGGUACGAGAGGAAUCCAUCCUCGAUAGAAGAAGCGUAGAAUUGGUUAGACUAAAUGUUCGCGUAUGAAUUUAGUGGCUCAAAACAAAUGGUUAGAAGUUGGUAAGCAAAUAUUCAAGCGAAAGUGAAAAAAGGCAGAGAAGCAAGUAUUCAAAAUUAUAGGUAAAAAGGAAGAAGAAAUAAAAAAGGAACAACAUUCGACGACCAAAGUUGCUGUAUUUAUUGAGACCUAUAUUUUGUAGUCAGAUAAAAUCCACUUAUCGACAAACAUACCAUUAUUGUAUCUCUCUUUCUUAAUCAAAAAGCAAAUAUGAGACAAAAUUGCAAAUAAAACAAGUUCAAAAGUAAACCAAAA